AUGGUGGCACCACUCGCCGCCAAACGCAUGGCCCAUGAGCGCCAAGAGCUUGAGAAGGCAAGCAGUCAAGAGGAGGCGCCGGACUACUUUGUCAUAUUCCAAGACGAUAACCUGUUUGAGUUCGACGCCUACAUCAUUGCUCCCGACACCAUCUACCGAUAUCGACUCGUGAAGCUGCACUUCGAGAUUCCCCAGGACGACUAUCCCUUGAAGCCCCCAAAGGUGAAAUUCAUUCAACACACAGGCCACAGGAUCCAUCCUAACCUCUACGUUGAAGGCAAGGUCUGUCUCAGCAUCCUGGGCACUUGGUCGGGGGAGCCAUGGGCCUUCAGCAUGACCUGCCAUGCCGUACUCAUCACCAUACGAUCUCUUCUUGAUGAUGAGCCGUACAAACAUGAACCCUCCCAAAACAACAAUCCUGAUUUCAACCGAUUCGUUCAGUACUCCACCUGGAAAUGCCUCCUCCUCGACUAUCUAGCCAAAGAGACAGACCCUACGGCAAAGGCCUGGCUGGACAGGUAUGUUCGAAGAAACGGUCAGGAGAUGCUGCGUGAGCUAUUGAAACAGCAACAAGCGGCGAAUAUCAACAAGCAAAGGACUUUGAGAAGCCCCUACAGUCCGCAGCAGACCAUACACGUAGACUACCCGGCCUUGAUCAACGACUUGGAAGCUGCAGUGUCGAAAGUCCACCAGGAGUCCAACUCUGCCAACAGUGCCUCGCGACAGCCGGCGGCGCUCGAUUGGGAAAGGACACCAAAGCGGAAGGCAAGCCGCCGCCAGGACAACGAGCCCGAGAUCGAGAAGGAGGAGGAGACUGACAAGAAACGUGCGAAGCCCUCCGUGGCUGCCAAGUGCCCGUCUACCCCAGAGAUCAUCGAUCUUACAUGA